UAACAAUCGAUUCGAAUUCAAUAUGGCGAAUUUCAUGCUCAAUCAUCUGCGCUUGUAUACUAAUAAACCGUAGUAAAUCUAAUUAAUUAUAUACUGUGAUUUUUAAAUAGAAUUUGAAAUAAUAUUAAUAAGAUGGCGGAUAGAGUUAAUUCCAAGUUGAACAGUCUGCUGGCGUCCUACAAGAAAUGGAUCGUGACAAAUCCGCAAGUGCUAUCAGAAAUCGAGGCUGCCGUCAGAUGUUUGUCUUACCUCGGUGUUGGACAAUUCGGCAAAUCAAGUUUGACUGUAGAGCUAAUUUACUCUAUGCCAAAUUUGAUCGUGCUCUGCAAUGAUUUGCUUAUGUACAGGAGUAAGUGCGAGCACCUGAAGAUACCUCAGUUUGAGUCAAAAAUCAAAAUUUGGCUGACCGUGGUGGAAUACGUCGAGACAUUGCUCGAAGUGUCGGGCAAGAAGUUAGGGGGGACGAAGGGAAAGUGGUUAAUAGUAGUGGUUAUACAAUUAUUUAAAACCGUGUCGCGACUGUUACUCCUCUACGUGUACAAGGAACGCCUCACAAAGAGUCCUGCGACACCGCCGCUUAAUAGAGAGAAGUUCAAUAAUGUCAUUGACGGUGCGCAGUUGCAGGAGGGAUUUAAGUUGAAAAGAUCGGGCACCGUUGUCAGAAGUAUAAAACAUUCGGUUCCCAUAGAAAUGCGGACGUGGAGAGCGUUGCCUUGUAACAUGGAUGAGAAUGAAAACCUGACCAAGAGUCAGAAGUCCGAGAUGAGUCUCAAGCUAGCCGAGACUAUUUACAUAGUAAAACCGUUGCUGCAUCUUGGAUGCAUGUAUGUUACCAAUCAAAAACCUUGGCCACCGUGGAUAUUGUCACUUAUUGUCGAUUUAGUCAGUCUAAAUACAUUUACUCGCUGUGCCGAGAAGGCAUUAUUCACUAAGGAAGAGAAGGAAGAGCUCGUGCGCCGAAGAUUAGGUUUACUGUUGUAUCUUCUGAGGUCGCCGUUUUACGACAAGUACAGCCGUACCAAGAUAUACGCAAUGCUCGACGCGAUAUCGAAUUCCGUACCUCUCGCACACUUACUGGCGAAUGCUAUUAAGAAGAACUUGCCGUAUAUGCAGAACAUGUAUUUUUACAUGUGGUCGCCUACUGGUUUAAUUGCUACGGGUCAAACGUGUACAUGCUUUCUUGGCCUUACCUGUCCUAGUGGCUAUACUGGUGGUAUUGAUACCAGAAUCGUGAAUAAUGGUUUAGGUUGUCCUGCUGGGUAUGUACUCUGUUGUAGAUCUGGUGGUGGUGGUGGUAGUGGUGGUGGUUUAAAUGACGCUUCCUGUGGUAUCCGAAAAAUCCCAUCUACUCCGCAACCACAAGGACGAGCCCCUUACGGUGCAUAUCCCUGGCAAGUGGCGAUUUUGAAUGCCAACACUAAUGAAUAUAUCGGAGGUGGAGCGCUCAUCAGCACAACGCAUGUCCUUACCGCUGCUCAUAAAGUAGCCACUUUAUCAGCCAGUGCGAUCAAAGUAAGACUAGGUGAAUGGGAUUCCGCAGCUACCACCGAACCUUAUCCGUACAAGGAGUUCUUGAUCCAAAGAAUUACUACGCACCCCGGAUAUAAUUCGGGCAAUCUUGUGAAUGACAUCGCGGUGCUUAAACUGAAUGGGGUGGUUGAGACCGCGGAUAGUCCCAACAUUAAUACAGUAUGUCUUACAUCUACACCACCUACACCGGGAAGAAGGUGUUGGGUAGCGGGCUGGGGAAAGAACGCCUUUGGAAACAGUGGAAGCUACCAAAGUAUCUUGAAGGAAGUAGAGGUUCCUGUGCUGACUCAAGAAGGUUGCCAAACGGCUCUUCGAAGAACAAGACUCGGCAGUAAUUUCGUUCUGGACGGCAGCUUUCUAUGUGCUGGAGGGGAACCAGGCAAAGAUGCGUGCACCGGCGAUGGAGGCUCACCGCUGGUAUGUCUGGGUGCUAACGGACGCUUUGAAGCUAUCGGGCUGGUAACAUGGGGCAUAGGCUGCGCAGAUUCAGGAGUGCCUGGUGUCUACACUAAUGUGUAUAACUAUCUUUCCUGGAUCAGGCAAGUGGCAACGUAAUCCGUGAAACGGUAAUAAUCGAAGAAUGCAAGUCGUACUAUCUAUUUAUUUAAUAUCUCGUAGAUUUUAAUUUUGUAAUAUUACUCAAUGUGAGAUUAUUCCGCUCACCUUUUAUAAUAUGAAAAGCUAUGUAACACGAACGAGAUAUAUGUAUAACGCAUAGACCGCUGAAUUAUAUAAGAGUUUUUUAGAUAACAAAAAAUGAUAUUUAACAGUAUAUAAAAUAAAUACUUUAUUUUCAA